GCAGUCUUUUGGGACAGCGGAGGGGUCCGUUACUGAUGACGUCUCUGGUGAUUUGGAAGCUGUUGUAGCCGAAACUUGAUACACUGCGUUGUAUAUUAAAUUAAUGUUAAUACAUUUAAACUAAUGCAUAGUACGUACUAUAAGCCACAAAAUGGAACAAAUUGCACAUAUACAAAAUUGAAAGUUUCAGGUCAGACUAAAACAGACUCCUACAGCCCAGCCAUGCCUCAGAAACCCCAAAAGAGCGCCCAGACUUCACACUACAUUGAGCUGGGAGGUUAUCAGUACUGGCCUGUGCUGGUGCCUCGAGGUAUCAGACUGUACACCUACGAACAGAUCCCAGUGUUUCUGAGGGAGAAUCCCUACAUCACAGAUGGAUACAGAGCCUACCUGCCCUCCAGACUGUGCAUCAAAAGCCUCUUCAUUCUGUCCAAUGAGACGGUAAAUAUCUGGAGCCAUCUGUUGGGCUUCCUGCUCUUCUUCUUUGUUGGGGUUUACAACAUGGUCUCAGUGCUGCCGGCCAUCGGCGCCUCUAAAGAGGACUACGUCAUCUAUUCCAUCGGACUCUUCUGCUUUCAGCUGUGUAUGCUGUGUUCGGUGGGUUAUCACCUGUUCUGUUGCCACCGCUCGGAGAAGACCAGCCGCCGCUGGAUGGCGCUGGACUACGCGGGGGUUUCCAUUGGCAUUCUGGGCUGCUAUGUCCCUGGAGUCUUUUACACCUUCUACUGCAAUAAUUACUGGCGGCAGGUGUACCUGGUGACGGUCCUGGCCAUGAUCCUGGCGGCCUUCUUCGCUCAGAUCCACCCUCAUUACCUCAGCAAGCAGUGGAAGCAGCUGCGCUCGCUCAUCUUCUGCGUGGUGGCCGGAUACGGCCUCAUCCCCACCGUCCACUGGAUCUGCAUCACUGGCGGCUUCUCUUCAGAGCUCGUCCAGGCUUUUGUUCCUCGAGUCCUGGGGAUGUAUUUCAUCGCUGCAUUAGCUCUCAUUUUCUACGUUUCAAAAGUUCCUGAACGCUACUUCCCGGGUCAGCUGAACUACCUGGGCUCCAGUCACCAGGUGUGGCACCUGCUGCUGGUGCUGAUGUUUUACUGGUGGCACCAGUCGUCGUGCUUUAUCAUGUCGUACAGACACAGCCAGCCCUGCCUCGACGCAUCCCACCACGCCUAGGACGCUGCUCUCAACGCUGGGAUCCCUGACUCUGUUAAACUGGUGGUGAAUGGCUGCAGUAUAUUCCAGCAUGCACAGGUACAAGGCGAGGAGACACCAUGGACAGGCCUUCAGUCGUUCUCCGUGUCCCCACAGAUGGACACAUUGGUACCUGUCUUCAGUCCACCUGACCUGUGGAGGAAACCAUUAGACCGUGACCGCCGGGAUGUGAGGUGACACAUGUUGAGUUUGUUUAAAGAUAAAACAGGACCUCUGGCUGAAACAAGCACAUUUUUACCAUCUUAUCACCAGAAACUCAACUCAAACUACAAAAUCUCCCGAAUUUUCACUGCAUCCAAAUUUACAUAACUUUAAAAGCAGCUUUCAUCACAGAUGCAGCGGCAAAAAACAAGACUCAAAUCAGUAGCAUUUCCUUUUUUUUAUAAGAGAUAAUGUUUUCUCUAAGUGCCUGUUAGUGAAACAUCAUGUAAGUCUUGUUAUGUAAAGGUUUGCUCUGAAGGCCAAUAUCUCAACUAAGUCACUCAUUUUUUUUAAAGGUUUAUAAACAGUGGUUCUCAAUCUGAGAAAAAAAAAGAAAUUUAAAAAAAUAAUCUAUUUUGAAUAUAGUUCCACUUUAUGAUGCUUUUAAAAGUUGUUCUGCCUGUAGGCUUCCUUCAUUAAGUAAUCAAGUAAAAUGACCUUAAAAGGGAAACUUAAAUGUUUUAAUGUCAACCCUCUGCACAGAUGUUCAAAGUAUGUGUGGAAAUCUUUUUACAGUGUUAAGAGCUGUGGAGCUCGACCCAAAUCCUUUCCAAUAGAUUCAUUUUAUUUCCAAACUACUAGUUGUACAAGUUGUUUGUGGUGAAACUGUUAGGUAUUUCCUAAUGAGAACAAGCAAAAACUAAGCAGUUUUAAUUCAUGUUUAGAUAGGAAAACCAAAGACUGCUGUGGAGCAAAGCUCAAUAUGUUCAUCAGUUUACAUUACAUUUUGAUUGUUCAUUUUGUCCAUUAGUGUGCACAGUAUUAUGUUUCUCACUGCUGAGAGACAACAGAUUGUUUUAAUCCCAGGGUGGUGAAAUGUACUUAUUCUAAAUACAGGUACUACACAGAAUCAUGAACUGUACAAGUACCUGGUCCUCCAGAAUGUAAUGUUUUUCUUUUCAUGUAUUGGGCUGCAAUGCCUCAGUUCAUCCUGGCAUUUAUAUCACUUCUGCACAGGAUGUUUGAGGGGAACAGCCUCACUGUUCACUACUGGAAUGUUUUCUUUGAGAAGUCCAGUUUAUUAAAAACUGCGCUGAAUCCCCUACGAGAUAAAAUUGUUUCUAAUUUCUCGCUCUCAUAUCUUAAUUUUAUUAUUUUUCAGCACUAACCGGUGAAAGUUAAGGCUUAUUAAAAUGGUGAGUGGUCAGCACGGCGUCUAGGGGCUGCUAUUAAGACUUUUAGGCCUUUUUAAACUGUGUCCCAGUUCUAAACUAAUACUUAUGUCUACACAUGUUGACAGUGCAUUACUUAGCAGUUUGUACAAAAAAGUACAUUUAUUUCUUGAACACUAAAAGAUACUGUAUCGUUUAGUCUACGUAACAUACUGUAUAUGCAACUGACAAAAAGCCCGACAUUUCAGUUGCCUAUAUGUAUCAGUGUUUAGCCACCUGCACUACACUGUCUCUACAUGUGCAUUGUAUACAAGGCUUCGGACAAUUUCAAAUCACUUUUUUUGAGCGGUCUGGGGAUGUAGCACCACUCACAAUUUUCUACUUUUCUUUACAGCAGUGAGAACAUCCUUUCCAUUUAAAGAAUGCUCAAAAGUCAAUUGACAUAUUCUAUGUAUUCUUGCAUGUUACUGUAAUUACUGUCAAGUAAGAAUUUGUUUGAAGUUAGGACACAGUUUUGUUUUUAAAGAUUAAAAGCACGGAUUUAACAUUUUUAAAAUCUGUAUCCACGUGCAUUGUAGUUCAUAUUUCAAUGACUACUUUUCUCCACACUGUACAUUCAGAUGACUUUACUUUUUCUCUCUAUAGUUUAGUACUGUAGUAACAACUGCUUUUUCUGCCUGAACUGAACUUUCGUUCAGACACAGUAAACCCCACAGUCUUUCUCCAGCUCACUUAGGGUGAUGUGCAAUGUUAAAGGUCAACUGUUUUGUUGUUUAAUUGCUUCAUUCCAAAAUGCAACACAACCAUGGUGGAUAGUCAUAUUUUAACUUAAACGCUCAGAAUUUCAAAAAAAUAAAUGUUUAAAUGAUCUCAAAUGUUAGUUUUGUACUUUUGACUCUUAAUGUUCAUGCAUUUCUGCUUGCCAUUGUUUAAUUACAAUAUCCAGUUAAAUGGUAGCUGUCUCAUUUUGGAAUGAAAGUCAUUUGUUUUGUGUGUAAUAUUCAAUGUUUGUUUAAGUUUUAGGCUGAGACAAAUGUUCUCUAGUGUUAAGAUUUCAGAUUGCUUUUGUUGUUCUGUAUUUAAAUUAUUCAUUAUGAACCUGCUCUGUACUGUUUGUAAACAUGUUUUCUUUGAUAAGCUCUAAAAGACAUCAGCUGUGUGUCUAAGACUCGUUUUGUAGCAGCGGAAAUUUUGUAUCUUGUCUUUUCAUACCUGAGCAAUCAAACUGCUGAACUUGUAAAAUAAAUAAAAUUAACCAUGUACUGUU